GCGGCCUGUAGAACGGAGGAGCGCGAGUCCAAGGGAUCCCGCGCGGUUCGCGGCGGCAGCGAACAACCGCGCAGCGCUUGUAGCCGCGAGGCGGGCGGGAACGACAGGCAAACCGCAGACACCAGCCAGACGGGCGAGCCGAGCCCUCCCUCCGCGCACGCGCAACUCGGGCUCGUACGGCCGGGAUCGCAUCGCCAUCGCCAUCGCCAUCGCCGUGCGUAGGCGCACCCCCGCCGCGACUCGACUGGCAGGCGCGCGCCCAGCAUUGAACCCCCCCGCGUGCGAGUGCGCGAGGAGGAGGCGUCGCGGCGCCCGCAAUAAAUCCAGGCGAGGCGCUGCGCGGCCGUGCGACGUCGCUGUCACUUGGCCGACUCGUUCGUCAUCGACUCCUCCUCGUCCCUGGGGGCUGGGUGGGUCGGGGGCACUUCGCUGCUGGGCGGCGCGGGCGCGGCUCUCGACUCGACGGCGGGGUUUUGCUCGCUCGCUUUGUCUCUCGUGAAGUGCGUGACCACUGACCAAGUACAUCUGAACCUACGUCAGUGUGUAAAGGCACUUGGACGCAAUGGAGGGUGGUGUGAAUGUAGCAGAUAAGGCAGAAUUUAAGGAGUGCUUGCGGCUGACAUGGACACAACCUUAUAUCCUCCAGCUUGUCCUGUCUGCUGGCAUCGGUGGUCUUCUUUUCGGAUAUGAUACAGGUGUCAUAUCUGGAGCACUUUUGUACAUUCGAGAUGAUUUCGCUGCGGUGGAAAAGAGCACUGUAUUAAGGGAAACAAUAGUGAGUAUGGCCGUUGCUGGAGCUAUAGUUGGAGCUGCAUUUGGUGGCUGGAUGAAUGACAAGUUUGGAAGGAGGCCUUCCAUCAUAAUUGCUGAUGCCCUGUUCUUUGGAGGUGCUGUGAUCAUGGCCUUUUCCCCAACACCUACAGUAAUCAUUGUUGGGAGGGUCUUUGUUGGUCUUGGUGUUGGAAUGGCUUCCAUGACAGCUCCUCUGUACAUCUCUGAAGCCUCGCCUGCUAGGAUCAGAGGUGCUCUUGUGAGCACAAAUGGUCUUCUCAUCACUGGUGGCCAGUUCUUGGCAUACCUCAUUAAUCUAGCCUUCACUAAGGUGCCAGGAACCUGGAGGUGGAUGCUUGGCAUUGCAGGGGUUCCUGCCCUGGUCCAGUUCAUACUGAUGCUGAUGCUGCCAGAAUCACCAAGGUGGCUUUACAGGAAGGGUAGGAAAGAGGAAGCUGAAUCAAUCUUGCGGAAGAUUUACCCUGCGAAUGAGGUCGAGCAAGAGAUUGACGCCAUGCGCCAGUCUGUCGAAGAAGAGGUGCGGCUUGAGGGUUCCAUCGGCGAGCAGGGCCUGAUUGGCAAGCUGAGGAAGGCGCUCGGCAGCAAGGUCGUCCGGCGGGGGCUGAUGGCCGGCGUCAUCGUCCAGGUCGCGCAGCAGUUCGUGGGCAUCAACACCGUCAUGUACUACAGCCCGACGAUCGUGCAGCUGGCCGGCUUCGCGUCCAACAACACGGCCAUGGCGCUCUCCCUCAUCACCUCGGGCCUGAACGCCAUCGGCUCGGUCGUGAGCAUGUUCUUCGUGGACAGGGCCGGCCGGAGGCGCCUAAUGCUCAUCAGCCUGGUCGGCAUCAUCGUGUGGCUCGCCGUGCUCGGCGGCACGUUCCUGGGCGCCGCGCACCACGCCCCGCCCGUCAGCGACCUGGAGACCCGGCUGCUCGCGAACCAGACCCAGGCGUGCCCCGGGUUCAACCCGAACGUCCGCUGGAGCUGCGUGAACUGCCUCAAGGCCGCCUCCACUUGCGGCUUCUGCGCUCACCAGGGAGACAAGCUGCUUCCGGGAGCGUGCUUGGCGCUGAACGACGCGUCGCGGCGGACGUGCCGCGCGGGCCAUCGGGAGUUCUACACGGAGGGGUGCCCGAACAACUUCGGGUGGCUGGCGCUGAUCGGCCUGGGCGCGUACAUCGUCUCCUACUCCCCCGGCAUGGGCACGGUGCCGUGGAUCGUCAACUCGGAGAUCUACCCGCUGCGGUUCAGGGGCAUCUGCGGCGGCAUCGCGGCCGUGGCCAACUGGGUCUCCAACCUCAUCGUCACGCAGACGUUCCUGUCCCUGACCAAGGCGCUCGGCACGGCGGCCACCUUCUUCCUCUUCUGCGGAGUCUCCUCCCUGGCGCUCGUCAUCGUCUUCUUCACCGUGCCGGAGACCAAGGGCCUGCAGUUCGAGGAGGUGGAGAGGAUGCUGGAGCGGAAGGACUACAAGCCAUGGAAGAGGUAUCACGGCGUCGGCGACGUCGGGCCGGGAAAAAACCGUGAGAUCGGCCUCAGUGCACCAUGA